AUGAACACCCGCCAGGUUAUCGAUGAGUCCGUGGGGCCCUAUUCCCUGUCGGCAGCGUUCAACAAUGACACUAGCUGCUUCUCGGUUGGCUUGGAGGGAGGAUUUUGUGUGUUCAACUCGAAUCCGUGUGAGCUGAAGGUCUCGAGAGACUUCAAUGCAGGCAUCGGCGUCGUGGAAAUGCUCGGCCAGUCGAACUACCUGGGCAUCGUCGGUGGAGGACGGAACCCCAAGUUUCCCCAGAACAAGCUUCUUCAGCUGGUCAUCUGGGACGAUGCAAAGCAGAAAGCCGCCAUCACGCUCGAAUUCCGCACAUCCGUCCUUGGAGUUCGCCUCUCCAAGUCCAGAAUCGUUGCCGCACUAUUGAACAGUAUUCACGUCUUUGCCUUCUCUACGCCGCCAAAGAAGCUUUCGGUUUACGAGACAACGGAUAAUCCGCUCGGCCUGGCUUGUCUGGGCAAGAAGCUGCUCGCCUUCCCUGGAAGAUCCCCGGGACAGGUGCAGCUGAUCGAACUGGAAACAGGGAAUAUUAGUAUCAUCCCGGCUCAUAGCUCCCCACUACGGGCGAUGGCUCUGAGUCCCGAUGGAGAGCUACUGGCUACAGCGAGCGAAGCUGGAACUUUGAUUCGCGUAUUCUCUACCGGCAACUGUACGAAACUAGCGGAACUGCGCCGCGGCGUAGACCAUGCGGUCAUCUUCUCCCUUUCAUUCUCCCCUUCCGACACCUGCUUAGCAGUCACCUCCGACAAAUCGACUCUUCAUGUUUUCGAUGUACCCCACCCGCAUCAUACCGCUCGCCGUAGUCAAUCCCCCGCUUCGGCAACCGAGGAAACCACAAAUCAGAAAUGGGGCUUCCUUGGAAAACUCCCUUUGCUUCCACGUGUAUUCUCGGAUGUGUACUCAUUUGCUAAUGCGCAUUUCGAGAUGGGCGACGAGGCUACACCGGGAUCCCCCGGUGUCCAGUCAUUCAGCUCUUCGUUGGGUCGACCACCAAGGGGAGUCAUUGGCUGGCUGGAUGAACACACAAUCCUGGUGAUAGGCUCUGGUAGGGAAGGGCGCUGGGAGAAGUUUCUGAUUCGCGAUGGCGAUGAUGGGAAGCGAUACUGCAUGCGCGAGGGCUGGAAACGAUAUCUCGGGGGAUGA